AUGGUCUCAGUUUCAAAUUUGAUCAACAGUGGUCUUUUAUUAAUUAGUCAAAACGUCUAUCAAGAUGUCGCAACUCCUCAAGAAAAACAACUUGACGCUUAUAAUAUUUUAAAUUUUCUUGGCGGUUCUGCCCCUUACAUCAGUAGAGAAUCUUAUGGUAUUGAUCCAGCUAUUCCAGAUGGAUGUAAAAUUCAACAAGUUCAAUUACUUUCAAGACAUGGUGAAAGAUAUCCUUCUAAAGGUCUGGGUAAACUGUUUGAAGCUAUUAAUGAUAAAUUCAAAAAAUACAAUGGAACUUUUGAGGGAGAUUUGCAUUUCUUAAACGACUAUACUUAUUUUGUUGAAGAUACAUACUGGUAUGAAAAAGAAACCUCACCAAAAAAUUCGGAAGGGACAUUUGCUGGUACAACUGAUGCUUUAAGACAUGGUGCUGCAUUUAGAUCGAAAUAUAAUUCAUUAUACGUUGUCAAUUCUACUUUACCAGUUUUUUCAUCUAAUUCCGGAAGAUGUUAUGAAACUUCAAGAUACUUUGCAAGAGGAUUUUUAGGGGAUGAUUUUGCUGAAGGUAAAACAGUCAAAUUCAAUAUAAUAAGUGAAAAUGCAACAAGUGGUGUUAAUAGUUUAACUCCAAGAAAUUCAUGUCCCAAAUCUGUUGAUUCUAAGGACAGUACUAUUCCUGCUAAAUUUAAUACAUCAUUUUUAUCAAACAUCGCUACAAGAUUAAAUAAACCAAAUCCAGGUCUCAACUUAACUUCAAAAGAUGUCAAUAAUUUAUUCUCAUGGUGUGCCUUUGAAAUUAAUGUAAGAGGGUCUUCACCAUUUUGUGAUUUAUUCACUAAUGAAGAAUAUAUUAAAUAUUCAUAUUCAACUGACUUAAAUAACUUUUACAACAAUGGACCAGGUAAUAACUAUAGUGUUCCUAUUGGUUCAACUUUAUUGAACGCUUCAUUGAAUUUAUUAUUGGAUGAAUCAAACUCAAAUAAAAUUUGGUUAUCAUUCACCCAUGAUACUGAUUUAGAAAUUUAUCAUGCUGCUUUAGGUUUAUUAACACCACAAAAUAAUUUACCAACUGAUUAUAUCCCAUUCCCAAGACCAUAUCUUCAUGCUUCGAUUGUUCCUCAAGGUGCAAGAAUUUAUACUGAAAAAUAUCAAUGUGGUAGUGAUUCAUAUGUAAGAUAUAUUAUAAACGAUGCUGUUGUGCCAAUUCAAACUUGUGCUAAUGGACCUGGAUUUUCAUGUAAAUUAUCUGAUUUCAAAAGUUACAUUAAUCAAAGAAUUGGUAAUGUCAGCUUUGCUGAAUCAUGUGGUUUAAAUUCUUCACUUCCACAACGUGUCACAUUUUAUCAAGAUUAUAAAAAUGUUACUUACAAUGCCACUUUAGGUGAUUUUUAA